AUGGCCACAACAGUGGGCAUCGCGCCCAGGCUCGUCUUUGGCCUGCGCACCGCGGCCGGUGCAGCGGGCGGCGACUGCCUACAAUACGCCGAGGACGGCUCCUUCAUAUACCCGGGUGGCCACACAGUAGUCAUCUCGGCGCCUGACGGCAAGUCACAGCGCUUCCUUCCUGGCACGCCGGACUGCGAAUGCGUGACGGCGUUGGCGGUGUCGCCCAACAAGAGGUUACUGGCAGUGGCGGAGCGAGCAGAGAAGGGCGUCAUAAGCGUGUACGACCUGCAGACACUGAAGCGGCGCAAGGUGCUACAGGCUGCGGAGGUCGGGUCCCAGGAGUAUGUCAGCAUUAGCUUCAGCUCAGACGGCAAGCAGUUGCUGGCGCAGGGGGGCGCCCCGGAGUGGAACUUGCUGCUGUUCGCAUGGGAGAGGGCCAAGGUCGCAGCGUCUGUGAGGACGACCAACGUCCAAGGCGUGCCCCUGACUAAGUGCUCGCUCAGCCUUGGAGAAGGCAGCCUUGCCACUGCCCUGGGGCCUGGCGUGCUGCGCAUAUUCAGGGUGUCGGAGGGUGGCCUCAAGGCUCUGCCAAUCAACAAUGCCAAAAGAGAGGGCCUGCCCUUCACAUGCCAAGCGUGGCUGCCGCCCACCGGAGGCGCGGGCGCGGGCGGCGAUGGCGCCGACAAGGGGAGCACGGCCGCGGGCGCGGCUGCGGGGGACGGCCGCGACAAGGAGCGGCAGCUGCUGGGCACGUCGGAUGGCGAGAUAUUGCUGCUGGAGGGCACCGAGCUGCGGGCCACGCUGUCAUGCGACACUGGUGGCAAGAGCGUUGAGUCGCUGGUGGCCUAUGGCAAGGGCUUUGCCGCGGGCCAGGAGGCCGGGCUGGUCACGCUGUUUGAGAAGGACGAGCGCGAGAAGGAGGGCUUCCGCCGCGCCCGCACCUUCGCGGUGCACGACCACCCGCUGCGUGUCAGGUGCCUGGCCGUCUCCCCGGGGGAGGAGCAGCUGGCGCUGAUGCUGGAGGGCGGCCCCGCGUUCACCCUGGCCCUGCUCAACCAGGCGAGCUGCUGCAGACCGCAUGCGCCGGACCCGCCAAGCCUUGGAGCCCAGCAGUGCUGGUUGGGGCGGCACGGCUUGUGCUUUUGA